AUGAGCACCACAACUCCCGACGUCUUGUCUAACGACGACGACCGACAGCCUACUGUCGACGCCGCCCUAGGCAGCGCAGACACCAUGUCGCUCGACAACUACAGAUUCCCUCAAGAAAGGCUGAAGAGGACACUCACGGAUUCGACAAAGCAGCCGCUCGUCCUCGUGUCCUGCGGUUCUUUCUCGCCGCCCACCAAUCUCCACCUGCGCAUGUUCGAGGAGGCUGCCGACUUCUGCGAAUUUGAAACCAAUUACGAAGUCGUCGGCGGUUUCUUCAGCCCGGUCGGCGACGCAUACAAGAAAGCUGGACUAGCACCCGCGCAUCACCGGAUAAAUAUGACGCGGAUAGCAGUACGUGAUAGCUCUACCUGGAUUAGCGUUGAUCCGUGGGAGCCGCUGCACAAGGAGUAUCUGCCUACAGUCAAGGUUUUGGACCAUUUCAAUCAUCAAUUGAACGAAGUACUGGGCGGUAUUGAAACGGCGGAUGGCCAGAAGAAGCCCAUUCAUGUCGCCCUCCUGGCUGGCGCGGAUCUCAUCCAGACCAUGAGCACGCCAGGUCUCUGGGCGGCCGAGGAUCUUGAGAGAAUUCUGGGGCAUUAUGGCGCUUUCAUUCUCGAACGCAGCGGAACAGACAUUGACGAUGCUCUUCUUACUCUACAGCAGUAUCGUGAGAAAAUCUGGGUCAUCCCGCAGCUGAUUCAGAAUGAUGUCUCGUCCACCAAGAUCCGGUUGUUCCGGAAGAGGGGAAAGAGCAUCCGGUACUACAUCCCGGAUCAAGUUGUUGAUUACAUCUACGAACACAACCUGUACGUGGAUGACGACAAGAAACAAGCGGAGAAGGGCAAGGACAAGAUUUCGCAAGAUGCUCAGGGAUCUUCGACCGCAGCGACAGCAUCUUGA